GUUUCAUCUCCGCACAUUACGACGACCACUACGACGACGACAGCGCCGCGGCUCUUUCCUACGCAUCCAUCCAUCCCAUCCUCUCGUGGCCGUGUUUGUCUCUCUUUUACCUUUUCCUCUUUCCAUUGGUAUCUCCAUUAUUAUCUUCCUCCGACCACGUUAAUCUCUCUUUUCCAACAGACAACAGGAUUGUCUUUCAUUUGUUAUCUCCUCUCAUCGGACUGAGAGCUGUUAUCGCCGAAACUCCCGGCUGCCUCCGUAAGGGACACACUCGCCCACGAUGAAGCCCCUAUCUUCUUCCCUGCUCAAGCUCCUCUUCUGUGUCGCAGCUCCUCUACUUCCUGUAUACGCAGCCUCCGAUUCUUCGGGCUCCAAAGACUCCCUCCAACCUUGUGUGGUCCGUUCCCCCACCACGGGCCUAUUCUACGAUCUCAAUGCGAUUUCCAUAUCGCCUCCGCCUGCAGAGGGCGAAAAGCCUCGCAAGAACGCUCGGGAAGGCAGCUGGCAUGCCAAGGGCCAUGACUACGGUGCCAAUUUCACAGUCAACAUCUGCGCGCCUGUGCUGGAAGAUGUGAAAGACGUAGUGGGAGUCGAUAGCGCCCGGUGGAAGAACGUCAGCGCAUACUAUGAGAAGGAGGGCAAGGUAUACUCAAUUGGGCAACAGGCAUCAGAUCCCUUCUUCCGGGGGCGCAAAUUGGUCAUGAACUACACGGAUGGCUCCCCAUGUCCGGGCGACUACCUAGGCAACGGUAGCACCCACACUAAGUCCACCAUCAUGUCAUUCCUUUGCGAACGAGACUCGCCUUCGUCCCAGGCGACAGUCUCGUUUGUCGGCACAAUGGACCAAUGCACGUACUUCUUUGAAGUGCGCAGCUCAGCCGCUUGCGGAGCUACCGCUCCGAUACCUCCAAACCAGGGGCUUUCGCCUGGUGGGGUCUUUGGCAUCAUUGCCUUGAUUGCUAUCGCAGCCUAUCUUGUAGGUGGCUGCGCUUAUCAGCGAACUGUCAUGCACCAGCGCGGCUGGAGGCAAUGCCCGAACUACAGCCUCUGGGCUGGUAUAGUCGACUUUGUCAAAGACAUGUUCGUCAUUCUACUCUCCUCCGUCGGCCGGCUCUUCCGGUUCAACCGCUCCCCGAGCCUGGGGCACACGCACGCUUCCAGCUACGGGCGACGAGGUGAUCUAGACGCUGAAAACAGACUAAUAGAUCAGUUGGAUGAAGAAUGGGACGACUGAUUGAUGGCCGGCAAAUGCAUCGGUUAUAUGACUUUUGCUUUCCACUGCAUCGCAUCACAUCGCCGUGUGUCAAGGAGAUACAUGUAUUGGCUUCUGUUCGGUUUGAUUUAGAGCGCGACACGAAAAUUUUGGUACCCUGUGCUGUAACCUGGCGGUUGUACUGAUAUGAUUGUUUUCAUGUAUUCGAUGGUUUAUGCGCUCGUCUGGCAUGUUCACCGGUAGUGAAGUAUACCAGAGUUAUGAGAUGAUUU